AUGGAGUCCCGAAGCUCAAUCGAUAGAAUCCGGCAUGUUGGCGCUGCCGGGCCCCAAGGUGGCUAUACCUACUACCCUGUGGUCAUUAUUGGCGCCGGCGAGAGCGGUAUCGCUAUGGGCUGCAGGCUUCGCCAGGUCCUCGGAUUCGAUCAAUUUCGUAUCUUCGACCGACGGCCUGAACUCGCUGGCACAUGGACCAGUAAUGUGUACCCGGGAAUCGCGUGUGACGUCCUUGCGCUUCUGUACUCGUUCUCCUGGGCACAGAAUCCAAAGUGGUCAGACCUGCUUCCACCUGGACCAGAGAUCGCCCGCUACCUCUAUGACGUCUGCGAAAAGUUUCAAAUCCUCGACAAGAUUCAACUUGACACCAGCGUACGUAACUGCCGAUGGUUGGCUGACUCUGAGGAAUGGGAGGUCACUUUGGACCACCUGGCACCAGGUGUCGGUGAGAUGGGCAGCAUCGAGCGGGCUGCGUAUGAGAAGACUCAUGGAGUCACCUCUGCGGUCCUUCGCACGGAGAUCAUUCGUGCCAAGCUCGUGAUUUCUGCCUGUGGUGGGCUCGUCGAGCCCAAACAGUGGAAGAACCUGCCUGGUAUUGACUCGUUCCAGGGCGAGAUCAUGCACACGGCCCGGUGGGAUAGCUCGGUGGAUCUGCGGGACAAGAACGUGGUCGUUGUCGGCACAGGUUGCUCCGCCAUCCAGGUCGUUCCGCAAUUGAUCAAGCCGCACAUCGGUGCUAAGCAUGUUACUCAGUUGAUGCGCUCUCCGCCAUGGAUGGUGCCAUUCUUCACACCGGCCGCUCGUCAGACCUGGAAGAAGUGGGUCCCGUUCCUGAACACAUACGUCCCAGGCUUCCAGAACACCUUCCGGAAAUUGCUCUUCUCCAUGAUUGAGGCAGAGUGGUACGCCCUCUUCUCGCCAACCGAAAAGUCACGUCAAAACCGCAAGGCCAAGGCGCAGGACCUCCUCAAUUACAUGCGCAAAACCGCCCCUGAGAAGUACCACGACAUCCUCACACCCAACUAUGAGGUCUUUUGCAAGCGCCGUGUGGUUGAUGACGGGUGGUACGCGAGCCUUAACGAUGACCGCGUCGAGCUCACGACCCAGCCGCUCACACAUGUGAACGACAAGACCAUCACGCUCGGUCCUGGUCGACACUAUCCGCCCGCGAGUAACACCGCCAGUGCACACUCGACGGAGCAGUGCGAGGUUGACGCAGAUGUGAUAAUCAUGGCAAACGGUUACGAGACCAAUGCGUGGCUGCAUCCACUGGAGGUCAUUGGCAAAGACGGUGCGUCAAUGGAAAAGGUGUGGGAGCAGCGUGGUGGCGCCCAGGCGUACAUGGGCCUCGCCAUGGACGGCUUCCCCAAUUUCUUCAUGGUCUUCGGUCCCAACACAGCGACGGGUCAUUCAUCUGUAAUCCUGGCGUCGGAGAAUGCCGUAAACUACAUUCUGAAAUUCGUCAAGGGCGUGCUUCAGGGCGAUGUGAAGACCUGGGAGGUCAAGGAGAGUGCCGAGCGUGCAUACACCGAGUGGGUGCAAAAGGAGCUGCAGAACAGUCUUUACAACACCGGGGGUUGCAGGAACUGGUAUGUCAACGACCAGGGCUGGAACUCCUCCGCGUACCCGAAGAGCCAGAUUGAUGCUAGCUUGAGGCACAUGUUUCCGGUGUGGAGUCAUUGGGAUGGGAAGUACACCACCAAGGGAAAGGUCAAGCUGCAGCUCGGCCGACUGUUGAAGUUGGUUACGGUGCUGGGUGCAUUGGCUGCCAUGGCGUACAGGCUGAGGAAGGGCAAGGGUGCAUUGACAAGCAAAGUUGUUGAACUGGCGCAGCAGGGCUUGGAGCUGGCCAAGGGCGCUGUGACGACCGUGACAAGUCGUUUGUGA